AAUGUUAUGGUUAUGGUACAUUGUACGUUUUCAACGCUUUCAGUUAGCUGCAAAUAACUGGGAAUUGGUUGUCAUUAAUUCUUUUUGGGGUGACCUCGGGUGAUCAAUGUAUUGUAUCUCAAAUGCCCAUACAGGGCUUUCUGAGCCGGACCAGCAUAGCCCUUAUGCCACUUGUGACGUCACUUUUAAUGAAGGCGACGAGCGGGUUUCCGGAUUAUUAGAUGAUGGAGUAGAAAAAGUUCUUUUAAAGCAUAUUGAGUACGAUCAAGAGGAUCAUAAUCUCUUGCUUUCCAGAAAAGAUUCCAACGAGUAGAAUGGCCACUGAAAGGCCAACUAUAGCUAGGGUAGAAUAGAAUGGCGGAAAAAAAAGGAAAAGGGGGAGAACGCAAAGUCUAAACUGGUCUAUCUUUUUCUCGUUCAAAUCUUGAAAUUUGCUCUUUGACUACAGUGUAACUGCCUUUUAAGAGUUCAGCUUCAAUUUUAGGUAACAAGAAACGGAAGUAGAAAUCUCUUUUUUCAAUUUGCCGUUUUGGGACGGGAAUCACAAGCGAUAAUUAAGUAAGUGCGUACACAGAUCACGGGGGAGCAUUUGUUGGAAGAGUCAUGAUAUGAGAGAGGAAACUGGUGCUAGUUCUAUUCCCAGUACUCUCGCAAUUUUCAAUAUGGCGGGACAGGUAGAAGGGUAAACGUGAACGCUGCUCCUGAAAGCAACUUAUUUCUGUCAUUUCUUUGCUUAAAAUGAGAAAUAAGGAAUAAUUUAUGCAUAAAGAAACAUGAGCACAGUGUCCUACAAGCAUUAAAAAGUAUGGACGGAACAGACCUUCGGCAAAUUCGUGUUGUACGUCAAGUCACUGACGUCCGCAAACAACUGCAGACUGAAGACACGUUUCAGUUACGUGACUUUCAUGAUGCAGGAUAUACAGGAGGAGGAGAUACAUUCCUCCCUGGACCUUGUCAACACAACAAAAAGUUUGCCUGUGUUUUUCUCCCCUGUGCUGUGCCUUUGUUCUACAUUGGAGGUGAAAUGUUGUUUGGAUCAGCAAUUUUCUGCAUUUUGAUUAUGUAUCUUGUAGACAGCACUUCAAGAACUAAAGGAAGUUCUCUGGUUGCGUACGUCCUUUCAGUUCUUAUUUUCCAGUUGUCGGUAAUGUACUGCCUUAUUCCAUUUCUAUGGAAAUCAGUAUUUAAUCUAGGACUGAUAUUUAUUUACAAUGUAUUUAUUGUGCUAUCAGGUGGAGUUGGUCUUCUUCAGUUCAAGCAACUUCAGCAUGAAGAGCCUGAGUUUAUUAUGAAUAUGGAGUAUAUUCUAUAUAUUAGCUAUCCAAUAGUUGGUCAGCUGACGUUGACAGCGGUGUCAGGAAAUGUGUUCAGCUGGUCUGUGACACCCUUCUUCUGUAUUAUAUUUGGAUUUCUUUUUCUUCAAGUUUUCUACCCACCAAGUAGAUCAUCUUUUAUGCAUCAGAAUAUAGUCCAUAAAGCUGGAGAGGAGAGACCUCCUGAGCGUUUUAUCCUAAGCAGUCUUGAAAAGACACUUUUGUUAGUAAACCUAGUCACUGUUCCAGGCAGUAUGUUUCUUGUGAUCAAUUUUCUGGAACUCUUACAUCUUAUUACUUGGGUUAAGUUGCUGUUAUGUGGUCUUCUUCCUGUGUUUCUUUGUACAUGUCUAGACAUCAAGGAAGAGAUGGAAUUUUUAGAACUUUCCAAAGAGACAGUAGCCAAAGUGAAAUUGGGAUCUGGCCUAGGGAGUCUAAUGCUGUUGUGUAUAAUGUUGAUGUCAUCUGGCACUGUGGGUGUACAUAUGCUGCCGGUUAUAAUAGGAAAUGUCAUUUGCUGUGUUUUAAUUGGGCUCACAAGUGGGCGAGAAAGAUGGAAGACAUACCACUACAUACUGUAUGCUGCACUUACUAUUGCCUCUUUACUUGGUUUGUGUACAUUGCCAUGGUCACUUGCGUAUAAAUUUUCGUUUUUCUCUGUCCCUCUAUGGGGAGUAAACUUACUUCUUGGAUUAGUUACUUGUCUUUCAGUGCUGUGUGUAUUUGUAGCUUCUGGUCCCAACAGGGAGUGGUUAAAUCCCCUUCUGGUCACUCAAUCAUUAGUGUUUGUGCUUUGUGAAAAUGUUCUUGUGACUGAAAAGCUCUAUCCAGUCUACUUUCUUCUGGGAACCAUGCUCUUUGCUGGUUACAUUGCUGAAAGGUUGCACAAUGUGGGCAGGAUUCAUUCUCAGUCAAUGUUGCUGUGCAUUGCUAUCCAUGGUUCCAAGUUGCCACUGUGUUUAUCCAUGACCCUCCCCUUCACUCAGACAACCUCAGUAUUGCUGCCCAACAUAGUCCUUAUGUCACCUUCAACUCUGAUGUUUCUCUUUACAUUUGUCGUAAGCAAGAUAAUUGAGGCACCCAAGGACCUGAUAUUAAAUGACGGAUUAAAGCUCUGUAUAGCAUCAGGAAUUGCAACAGUUGGAGCAUAUGAUGUUCUUGUGCAUCCUUUGUGGUUUAUGAUGACUUACAGAAUUCCUUCACCUGCUGAUGUGUUGGCUGGUGUGCUGUUCAUUUGGGGAGCCCUUUGCCUCAAACUUUCAUACAUGCACUUUUCACACAAUCUCUUUCUCAAGAGGCUCAACGUCCUUGUUAUGUGUGUGAGUGUUCUAGUGGAAAUUAUCCAACCAGACCUGAAUGGUUACAGGGUUCUGCAAGGAUUUAUCAUGUAUAUGGUCUCAUUGUUCUACCCAGCCUUCACAAUUGACAACAUUUUGUUAUCAGAAGCUGUAUUUCUCCCUUGGCUUAUUCUUGUUGCCGUAUCAGUGCUGAUAGCGGUGCUAACAAAAGUAGUAACCAUGGAACAGGCUCCUUGGUCGCAGAGGGUCACCAUCGCUGUUUUGAUUGGUUUAGCACCCGGCUUGAAGGCGUCUUCCUUGAUGCUUCCCGUGUUUCGUCCUCCUUUCGUCUGUCUCUUUUGUGGAUUCUCAUCCGCAAUUACGUUUUAUUUAUUGUUGACGUCUUGGAAGCCAAUUCACGGACAAGCACCUGCUAACCAAAGCUUUCCUUUUCUGCUUCUUAGUGGCUGUUUUCUGGUCUGUAUUUUGUCAGAAACGCUAACUUCCACCCGCCUCGAUUCACGGAAAGGACCUCACAAGCCCUCUCAAGUACCUUCCAGCUUAUUCUAUCACUUGGGCCUUUACCUUGUUCUGGGUCUUGGACUGAAGAGAGACGCUGUGGCACAGGAAGAGAGUCUGGAAGAGAAGAAAGGCAAGCUUCCUACUGGUCUUGUUCUUCAGAGUUUUUCAUUUUUCUCCAACAUCUCGAUAAUCAUUUCAUUUUUCUUGGCUCUGCUAUGUUCUCCUUCUGAUUACUGGGAAUUAUGGAUUACACUUGCCAUUAUUUUAUUGUUGUUUCUGAGGCCGGAAGGCACUCCAUACAUCCAGGGUGUUCGGCUCCAGUUCUCGCCGGCCCUACCUGCCGCAGUAGCUUUGGCUGUGUGUAUGUACUCUAGGACUGUAACUGAAGCAUUACCAACACAGAAUACAUGGUUGUCAGUGACAGGUUAUGUUUUGGAGAUGAUGGUCCUGUUAUGCUCCUUACCUACAUAUGUAGUCUUGGCGCAUGCGUUAUGGCGUGCAGGCGAGAUAUCACUACUUGAACAGCAGCUUGUGAUGUUUACAGCUCCUAGUAACGUAGUACUCCUGGUCUACUGUAGCACUCUAUCAGCAAGAAUAUUAGGCUUUGUAGGAAUUGCCGCUGUCUAUUGUUUGUUUUAUUACGUAGAAAUUAUUGAAAGUAAAUAGAUGCUUUAACUGGUAA